AUGACCGAGCACAACCGAUAUGAGCACCCCUUGGUGAGCCGCUAUGCCACCAAGGAGAUGAGCGAGAUCUGGUCACCCGACCGCAAGUUCUCGACAUGGCGUGAACUGUGGCUGGCGCUGGCUACAUCGGAGAAGGAACUGGGACUAGCCAUCACGCAGGAGCAGCUGGACGCCAUGAAGGCGCAUUUGACGGACAUUGACUACGAAUACGCAGCGGAGAUGGAAAAGAAGUUCCGUCACGAUGUGAUGGCCCAUGUGCACGCGUUCGGGAAGGUGGCGCCUGUAGCGAUGCCUAUCAUUCAUCUGGGUGCUACGAGCUGCUACGUCGGGGACAAUGCUGAUAUCAUCCAGAUCAAACAGGGUCUACAGCUCAUUCAGCGCAAGAUGGUCAAGGCCAUGAAGGUGCUGGCGGACUUCAGCCUCCAGUACAAGGACAUGCCCGCGAUGGGCUUUACGCACUUCCAGCCGGCGCAGCUUGUGACCGUCGGUAAACGCUCGUCACUCUGGCUGCAGGACUUGUGGCUCGACUUUCAGCACCUCACCGAGCAGAUCGAAAGUUUGCCUCUGCGUGGUGUUAAGGGCACGACAGGCACUCAGGCCAGCUUCCUCGACUUGUUCGAGGGCGACCACGAGAAGGUUAAAAAACUGAACAAUCUGGUAGCCGAAAAGAUGGGAUUCAAGAAGGUCAUCCCUGUGUCGGGCCAGACGUAUACGCGCAAGAUUGACUACUUUGUGCUGUCGACCCUCUCAGGCAUUGCCCAAUCGGCAUACAAGAUGGCCGGCGAUAUCCGUCUGCUGGCUAAUAUGAAAGAGAUCGAGGAGCCGUUCGAAAAGAAUCAGAUUGGCUCCUCGGCCAUGGCCUACAAGCGCAACCCGAUGCGCUCGGAGCGUAUCUGCAGUCUCGCGCGCUAUGUCAUUUCGUUGACAGACAAUGGUGCGCAGACCCACGCUGCGCAGUGGUUUGAGCGCACGCUUGAUGACUCGGCCAACCGUCGUAUGGUGCUGCCAGAAGCCUUCCUUGCGACGGAUGUCAUUUUGAAUCUGAUCAUCAACGUUUCGGACGGCCUGCAGGUGUGGCCCAAUGUCAUUAAGGCGCAUAUCAAGGCCGAGCUGCCGUUCAUGGCCACGGAGAAUAUCUUGAUGGCUUGCGUAAAGGCUGGUGGUGACCGCCAGGAGCUGCACGAGGCCAUCCGCACGCAUUCAAUGGAGGCCGGCAAACGCGUGAAAGUAGAGGGUGCCGCCAACGAUCUUUUGGAGCGCAUCGCUGGUGACCCGUUGUUUAAAGCCGUGCACGACCGCUUGGACGAACUGCUGGACCCGUCGCUUUUCAUUGGACGCUGUCCAGAGCAGGUUGAGGAGUUCAUUGACGGAGAGAUUGCUCAUAUUCUCAACGCAUACGCCUCGCUGAUCGAGGUAGCGAACGUCGAUGACAUCAACGUGUAG